ACAGCGUCAUGGCAGGCACAUUCGACAUAUCACUUCUUCCCAAUGUGCUGGAGUUACAACCCAAGGCACAUCUUAUGAUUGGAUUUGGUGUCACAUUCAUAGUACUGGUCUGGCUAUCAAUCUGUUUCCGGGUCUAUGUUCGACUAUUCAUGAUUCGAGCGUUCGGAUGGGACGAUGCCAUACUCCUUAUGUCAUCGGCUAGGUACUGCCGCACUCCAGAAGUAGAAGUAGCCUAUCAGACGGCGAAUCUGGAAGCAAUCUGGAUAGUGUUGACAAAGGCAUUGGAGGUGCGUGUGUAUCAAAUCCUGACUGGUGUCAUUCAGGCUGACCUGCUCCAGUUCGUCGUCGUUUACAACGCCCUUUACCUUCUCACCACGAUUCUCUUCAAAAUCAGCCUGGCAAUCUUCUUCCUCCGAAUCGUCGUAGCAAAAUGGCAGCGUCGCUUGAUCUACAUAUCGACCGGGAUCUACACUCUUUACAGUAUCGUUUUCAUCUUUCUGGUCACCUUUCGUUGUGGCAACCCACCGGACCUACUCAUUAAUGCCUCCAAAGGGAAGUGCAUCUCGAAUGGCGCGAUUAUGCCUCUGGUUUAUCUGUCUGGUACUCUCAACGCCGCAUCUGACGUUGUCUUUGCAACGCUUCCAAUCAUCGUCCUCUGGAACACUCAUAUGCCACGUCGGGCAAAAAUCUCAGCCGGUGUUCUCUUGAGCAUGGGUUGUCUCGGAAGCAUUGCGUCAAUCAUUCGCAUCGCCUACCUCGGUGGCCUUUCAGUCGACGCCAGAUUCUUCAAACAUGCAAUAGACGCUGGUCUCCUCUCCGUCGCCGAGCCCGGUCUAGGCAUCACAGCGGCAUCGCUCUCGGCUUUGCGGCCAUUGUUCAAGAGCAUGGUCGAGAAAACACUACCGUCUNUUUUUCACACGGGCUACGGCAGGACGAAGCACAGUUUAGCGAGCAACAGCAACAGACACACCAGCCGCUCCCAUCGCGCCACACGAUCGCACGCGACUUACGUCGAUCAGAAGGGCUUUCAAGUAUUCGACAACACGGCGUCGAGGACACAUACGAUCAUUGCCAGCCCAAGAAUUGAGAUGGAUGAAUUCAGCAAUGAUGAUCAUACGUUGAACAGAGCAAGCAGUCAGGGUUCGCUGGUCGAGCAGCACAUGUAUGAGACUGCGAGGACUUGGGUGCCGCCAUAUUCAGGCAAGGGUGUGAUGAUGACGAGGGCGGUAGACGUGACCGGG